AAAAGGUUCAUAUAUAUAAUUGAUUUCAUGGAGUUGGCAGCUAAAGAGCUCACAAAAGCUCAGCAGUUAAUGGCUCAGCUUUGGAUUGUCAACAAAGAUUGCUCAGAGAGCGCAAGAGAAUUCAGUGUAGGAGUAAUGAGAGCCAUUGAAGCUGCCCUCAUCUUGCUAAACUCUGUUGAGAAGAAUGCGGACUCUGUGAAAGAGCCUAGGAAAAUUGACCCGAAAUCCGAUAAGAAGGCGAAGCGUUUGCGGAUAGAGGAUCCGAACCCAAACGAGCCUAGGAAAAGAAGAGGGCAAAAUUUGAGCAAUGUUGUGAUAACUAGUUCUCCUUUUGGUGGUGGCUAUCAAUGGAGGAAGUACGGUCAGAAGAACAUUCAAAAUUCGAAGCAUCCAAGAUGCUAUUACAGAUGCACAUAUGCGCCUUAUUGCGAAGCAAAGAAACAAGUUCGACAAAAGAAUUCAAGCUAUCCACCUGACUAUGAAGUUAUUUUCAUCAACGAACACUCUUGCAUUGCCCAAAUGGAUUCUAGCCUUCAACGCUCAACCGAGUUAGAGUCCAAAACUAUCAACUCGGAUCUAGAUCCGAAUGGACCGAAUCCAAUAUCCAAAGAAAAAGAAAAUGAUGCAGAAUCCUCCGGUUCAUUGGGCACUACCGAUGAAAUUGAUUGGAUGCCUCCACUCUCUCCGAUUGACCUCCAUGGAAUUGAUAUAUUUGCUUAUGAUGAUCCACUUAUGUCAUGUUGCAAUUUCUAGCAGAUCUAUGAAAAUCUAUGGAGAUUAAUGGGUUAAUUGCAGGUAGACCCUUGUCUUAUUGCCAAUUCCUUGUAAAUCUAUUGUUACGAAUAGACCCUCUGACUGAAUUUUCUUAUAAACCCUUUUCAGGAGGUCUAUCUACAACAAUAGAACAACAAGGAUAGUAAGUUCAACUUCACAAUAGCAUCGGGGUCUACCCACAAUUAACCCAAAUUAAUUUUAAUUAAUCCACUCCUACUAAUUAUUAGGUAGGGAGUAUAUUGUAUAUAUUUUAGGAAUUUAGUGAGAAGCUUCCGAGAUUGCUAAAUAAUGAUGCUAGAGAAGUUAGGAGUGUUUGUUAGUCAUGUUCUCUUAGUUGACCAAGUCAUGCAUAAACGUCACGUUGUCCUUACUUGGUGAAACUACUAUCUAAUUCAUGGUUAGUGGUGUAAUGAUGCUUAUAUUAAUUUAUCAGGCAAAACUUUGACGGUCUGAACUGAUCAGGUGGAAUCUUAAUCUCUUCCCAUUUUUUUUCUUCGUCUUUGUUAUCUUGUUUUCAGAAUUUCCCAGAUAUUUUGGCAGCAUUCUAAAAUAAAUAUCAUCCUUUUCCAUGUUAAAACGUUACUUACAAAAUCUAAUUCUCGGCAUCUUCAUAUAUGUCUCUCUCUCUCUCUCAAAAAAAAGGAAAAAAAUUCUGGGCAUCUUCAGUUUGGAGAAGGCAUAUUAGAUUUUACAAUUAUUAAGAAGAUCUCCUAUCCCAAAUAAGGUCAAAGUUCUUUUCUGGCUCAUCACUAACAAGAAGUUAAAUACGAAGGCAAACUUGGUUAUUAAAGGCUGGACAUGUGAUCCUAGAUGUUCCUUCUGUCAGUCUGAUGUUGAAACUCACGAACACCUGUUUAUCAAAUGCCCAUUUGCUCAAGCUAUCUGGUCACUCAUUUUCCCCUCUAUCCCUACCAACAGUUGGCCGCAAUCGGUUGAGGAGUUGAUAUUUUUUCAUAAAUCUACCAUUCUUAGUAAGGAUGC